CUCUCCCAAUAGAAAGCAUAAACUCUUCUACCUUUUCCGUUGUCUCCCGUCCAUCUGAAACAUUUCCCAAUUGCAAAAGAUAGUGCCACUACCACUUUCAAGUAAUCAAAAGAAAAAAUAAGAAUUGGAAAAAUGGAGAGUGGAAAGUUCAGUAUUAGUGCAGAAGAUCUAUCGACGAUCGGAGGAAUAGCAACUGUAUCAUUGCUACACUCAUUCAUACCGACGCAUUGGCUGCCUUUUUCAAUUGUUGGCCGGGCGCAAAAAUGGACUCUUUCUCGCACUCUCCUUGUCACUGCAUGUGGAGCAGUGUUGCAUGUAUUGUCUACUUCAUUGCUUGGCAUAACAGCAAUUACCAUAUCAAACACAAUUGCGGGGGAGGAAACUGUGCAUAAACUUGCAUCUUUGUUGCUCAUAGUUCUUGGAGGCAGUUACAUCAUUUUGUUUCUGUCUGGAAAGGGUGGUCAUAGCCAUUCUCACAACCAACCUAUGGAAAAAAUGGCAGUUGCUGGUCUUGUUCUUGUACCUGCAUUGUCUCCUUGCGCAACUACUCUUCCUGUAUUUCUUGCUGUUGGAAACUCAUCCUCUAUGAUGGUGCUUGCUAUCAUAGUUCUGUUAUUCAGCACGAUAGCUGUAAUGAUGUCGCUGGUGGCUCUCUCAUUCUAUGGUGCAAGCCAGAUCAAGUUCCACUGGGUCGAACGCUAUGACAAGCUUCUCGUAGGUUCUGUUCUAUGCUUAGUUGGAAUCUUAACUCUCAUUUUCCAUGAUCAUGACCAUGAAGGAGAUGUGAGUUUGACUGGAGAGCAUUUACAUAGGAAACUUAUCGUUCUAUAGGAAUUACUCGAUCCUGAUGCAUGAAUGUUACGACUUACUGUACAUUUCUCGACCAGUGAAACCAUGUAAAGUAUUUGUUUUUUUAUGACAUUAUCUGAUUUUGUUUGCUGUUGGUGUUGGUGUUGGUGUUGGUGUUGUGUUAAAAGAGUAGUGGAUAAUACUUGUGUCAUUUGGUUCCUUUGUUACCACAGUUUAUGGCUGUUCCUUUGGAUUUUA